AUGAGCAGCUACGGCGGCUACUAUGCCUAUGGUGGUGGGCGCAAUGGAGGCUCACCGUACACCAGUCACAUUGUCGACCCCUACGCGCGCAAUCUUUCAAGCCAGUUCGAGUACAUCGACGCAGAUCAUGACAUACUACACGAUGCUCAUCGACCGACAAUGACAAAAGCCCACAACAAUACUUACGAUGACCCCGAAGCACCUGACCUGAUCCUCGUACGGUACAUGGCUUCCCUCAUACCGGUCGAGUUUCCUGCCUACUCCAUUAGUGAAGAAAAAGCAUAUGUUGGUCAGCUGCGUGAAGCCGUGGCACGGGCUUUGUCGACUGAUCCCAGAAGGGUCCGGCUGGUCUACAAAAAGCGGGAUCUGAAGCAUGAUUCGUGGCCCUUGAGGAAAUACAAUAUGAAACAAAACAGCGAAGUGGCAGCGAUCAAGACCGAAGGUGUGCUUGACUACAGCGACCGCGAUAGUCCGUCGUCCAGUGAUCAGGAAUCUGUGGCAAGCCAAAAUCCCCGGAGACGGCCUCGUGCGCUAUCAUCGGUCAGAGAUCGAAGCAGCGAACAAUUACCGACCCAGAAGUCACCAAUCUCAUCGAACUUUCUUUCUCCCAACGGCCAUAUUCCCUCUGGCAGUGCUUCUGAGAGACAAUCUCGUGGCAGUCUGAGGCCUGAUGUGGACGAUAGGACCUACCGACGAGAACCGUUACGCACACGAGGCUCAUCACCACGACCAAGUUCGACGCCAGCUCCGUCAGCCCGAGUCUCUGCAGAUCCCAGCACUCCUUUGGGCAAGUUGCAAGCCCUCUCAAAUACAUUUCAAGACCAGUGGCUGCCUCUCUGUCAAAAGUUUAUCUCCAAUCCUCCUUCGAAUUCUCAAGAUAGGGAGAAGGAGCAUCGUAAAUUGAGCGAGAGUAUCAUGCUACAUAUUAUGCUCAAAGCGGAUGCUAUUGACGUCGACAAUCCCGAGGCAAGAGCGUUCAGAAAGGGUUUGAUCAAUGAGACCAAUGACAUAAUGAAGAGGUUGGAUGCCGUUGCGAAAGGUUGA